GAUUCGGAGCAGGUUUUUUUGCUCCGUGGCGACGAAACCGCAUUUCACUGGUAGAUUCAGAGUGGAUCCGCGCUUUUCACUGGUAGUUUCAGAGCAGCUCGCUCCGAGGCGGAUUGCUCGCACUGCUCCGCCGACAAGUCGCAGAUUCGGGCGGAAACACGACGAGCAGCAUACGUCACUUCCGUCGUUGUACGUUGCUGAGUUUUGCAAAAUGGCUGCGUUCGCUGCCUUGGCGGAACUUCUGUCUAGCGACGAAAGCACUUCAAGCAGCAGCUCGUCCAGCUCAGACGACGAAGACUUCGAGGAAAGACAAGCGCUAUGCGAAGCCUUCUUUCGGGAAACUUUUUCGGAGUCCCACCGCGAACGUCCCAAAAUUUUGGGGUUCAUCGAGAACGUUGCGCGGCUGUACACAGACGAGCAGUUCCGUCAAGACUUCAGGGUGUCGAGGCGUGUCGCGGAAACGUUGAUCCGUGGUUUUGAAGGCUCGCGUCACUACCCAUGCAGUGAUCGUGGUGGGUCCCCCUCGAAAACCGCGGAAGAGCACAUUCUGGUCUUUCUGUGGUAAGUCUGCACGCUGUUUUAAAAGUCAUGCCUACCAGUGUGUAUAAUCUUAAUGCUUUCAAGUGCUUCGGCGUAGAAGUACGUUUUUUCGUUGCGUGCGCAGAAUUUUGACGGGGAGUCCAACCAUUAUAAAUUUUUGUUCGUGUGUUUAUGUGCGCGUGUGUAGAGAAUAUACACAUGUGAAAUUUAACAAUUUCGGCGGCGUUAAAUCUCCCUAGUAGCCUUCCCGUGGCUACGCCGCUUGUGCUUUUUGUCCUUGAAAGUUGCUAAGUGUGAUGCAAUGGAAACCAAUGAAAUAUGACCGCUUGCAACUGCACAGCCAGAGAGAACAGUGUUAAGAGCUUCUACUUUUCUUACGGCUGCUAAUUUUGAUGCAAAUAUUUCAUGCCUUUAUUUCACAAAGCAGGCUUUACUUGAUCACUUUCUUCCAUAAUGUGUGUUUGCUGUGUCAGGUUUGCU